GUUCAAAACUUACCUGGUUAAAGAAUGGCCACAUUGAAGGCUUUGGUUGUGCUCCUCUGUGUUCUCGCUCCUUACUUUGCAUCCGCCUCCAUUGAUGGUCUUUUACCGAAUGGCGACUUUGAGGAAAGACCAAAGUCGUCGCUGAUGCGGGGGACUGAGGUGAUGGGGCACGACUCGAUCCCGCAUUGGGAAACAGGUGGGUUCGUAGAGUACAUAACCUCGGGGCAGAGACAGGGGGACAUGCUGCUGCUGGUGCCGGAAGGCGGGCAUGCGGUUCGGCUAGGAAACAAUGCCUACAUAAAGCAUAAGAUGGGUGCCGUCAAGGGCCAGUCCUACUCCAUCACGUUGACCGCAUCCCGGACCUGCGCCCAGGCCGAGCAACUGUAUGUCUCCGUGCCGCCUGGCCACGGCAUCCUUCCCAUCCAGACCGUCUACAGCAGCAACGGCUGGGACUCUUACGCCUGGGCGUUCGUCGCACCCAGCGACGAGAUCGAGGUCAUCAUCCACAACCCGGACUCUGAGGACGACAAGGCCUGCGGGCCUAUCAUAGAUCGAGUCGCCAUGAAGCAACUGGCCCCUCCAAGGGCUCGUAGAGGCAACUUGCUCAAGAACGGAGGUUUCGAAGAGGGUCCCUACUACUUCUCCAACUCUUCAGAGGGGGUGCUGAUUCCGCCCAUGGCCGACGAUGACCACUCGGCGGUGCCGGGCUGGGCAGUCAAGUCCCUCAAGUCCAUAAGGUACAUUGACUCGGACCAUUACACCGUGCCGGAAGGCCGGCGAGCUGUGGAGCUGCUGGCCGGAAAAGAGGGCGUGCUGGUGCAGCAAGCCAAGACAGUGCCGGGCAGCUUGUAUGUUCUGAGUUUCAUGGUGGGAGACGCAAACAACGAGUGCAAGGGCUCCAUGGUCGUGGAGGCAUAUGCAGGCUCGGCUUCCACGAAGGUGCCCUAUGAGUCAUCUGGGCGAGGUGGGUCCAAGCGAGCCAUGCUCAAGUUCGUGGCCAAGUCUCGUUUGACCAAUGUGGUCUUCUUUAGCUCAUUUUAUAGCACUAGGAGCAGCGACAUGAGCACAUUGUGCGGGCCGGUGCUCGACGAGGUCAAGCUAAUCAGGGUGAGGCGAAAGCCGAGGGCGUGA